UGCAGAAGAAAAAAACGACCUUUCCGCUUAUCUCUAUUUGUCUUUUUUUUUUAUUUCUCUUCUUCUCUUUGUACUUUGUUCUUUUCUUUCUUUUUCAACUUGCCCCUUUUGAUUCCUUCUUCUGCACAGCGAAUCUAUCGGCUCUCGUGUUUAUCGCUUUUUUUUUCCUAUUACUUUUUUCUUUUUUGUCCACCUGAACCGUCUGCCAGACUUUUUCUGCUUUCUUGCUACUUCUUAUUUUAUUUUAUUUUUUUUAAAAGAAAAACUUUGUGGAUUCACUCUCGCUCUGCCAAGAAACAAAGACGGCCCAUUCCCAUGACACAUGAGCAUUCAUUGAGUCCGCUCCUGGAGUUACCUAGCGAGUUGCUUCUCUACAUUCUCAAGAACUUCUUGGGCCUGAGCGAUCUGUGGACUCUACUGCAAGUAUCCAGAGCGCUUCGUUAUUUCGCCAUGGACAGCAUUCACAAACGAUGGAAAAUCGAAAUCUCAUCUUCGCCUGGCAGUACGAUGAAGGUCCAAUGUCGGGCAGCGCUCAUUGCACUGGAAUCAUUAUCAGGGCAGUUAUCGCUUCAAACCAGAGUGUAUUCACCGUACAUGUUCAACAAUUACUUUUCUUCCACGGUCACUGCCGAUCGACGACCGACCUCUGUGCGAAUGACCAGCACAGCGACAGUAGGAGGAGGAGGAAGCGGAGGCGGAGGAGGAGGCGGAGGCGGAACAGCAGGAGGAAUCCUGUCCUCUGGUACCACCACUACCACCAUGGCUACCACCAUGGCUACCACCACGGCCACACCAUCCGAACUUUUUCCAUUAUUAACAUCAACUCCACCCUACGAUUUGGAAGAACGGCUCUUUGAUGAAUCCACGCUUCAUGCGGCAACAGGCAGUCACACGGGCGAAAACGACGAAAACGAGUUUUUACUGACGACGGUCACUUACGAUAACAAGCUAUUCAGUGAUUUGAUGCUACGCGAGGAAAGGUUACACCAACGCAUUAUUGAAGGCAUUUCUUCCUAUAAACAUAAAUAUGUGCUCAUUGAAGAUAUCGAUACUCGAAACCGCAUCCGGACCGCCGUGGAUGUCAUUUUCCAUCACGCUGUAUUCAUUGCUGCCAUGUCACGAACACCGGUUCGUCUGGCUUGCAUCCACGCAUGUUCCAAUAAUCGAUCCUUGGCAGCCAUGAUGGUCCGUCUAUUAACGCGCUUGGAUUCGGCCUUUCCCUCUUACUGUCGCGAAAUUACUUAUACCUUGGCCGACAAUAUCAAAGCAUUUUUGGAAUAUACCGGUUACAAGUUGCUGGCGAUGAGUCACUACGAUCACCAAUCGUUAUACGAUCACGUCUUUGGUCCAGCGUGUCCACAACACGCUUUAUGCAACAACUUGCAACCAUCCACCACCGCCAUGCACGGUCCAUUCUCAAGUCAUUCACGUCCGCACUCUUCCUCAUCUCCCCCCUCUUCUAGUUGUCGCCAACCGUCGCUCUUACUGACAUUGCAUAGUAUCUCGGCCUGUUUCGAUUUGAUGGGUGCGGCCUUCGUUGGCAAGAUACUGACGGAAAGUCAUGUGGAAUGUGCGGUACAACGAACCUGUGAGUUGUUAUCGGACGAUCAUCUGCGAUCGGUGAAGCGGGCGUUGUUAGUGGAUCUGUUGGAAGGAUGGCUCACCAUCAAACGAGGACUGGUGGCCGGGGAACUGUGUCGUCUGGUUCGACUGGAAAUCGAGAAAUGCGAUCGACAAGCGUUCAACGUACGGAGCAGCCACAGUAGCAGUCGAACCAACAGCAGCAACAGCAGUGCUCUAUGAAUCCCUUCAUCCAAAUAUAUAUAGACACAUAUAUAUAUUUACAUUAUAUAUAUCCCACUUUGAUGUCCUUUUCUCUUCCACCUGGAACUACAGUCUAUCUUCCUCUCUUUUUUUUCUCGUUCUUCUUCCCUCACUUCCACCUUUUUUAAGCAUAUUUCUCUCCAACCUCAUUCUUUCUUUUUUAUUUUCAAACAGCAUUUUCGGAUUGUACCGUUCAAGAAUUGAAUGGGUCCAGGGAAGAGAAAAACGAUGCCGUAGUUCUUUUGCCGAUUCUCAUCCCCUUAUUUGGUUUGUCGAUAUUGACAAAUAAUAAAAACGAAAAACAAAGAUACCG